AUGAACUUGUCAAACAAUAGCGGCCCUGAUAGCAAACAAACCCGUGCAUCGCUUCGUCGCAAGCGACAGCCUGUCAGUUGCCAGCAUUGCCGACACUCCAAGCUGCGAUGCGAUCGCCAACACCCAUGUACCUCUUGCAAGCGACGCGGACAUGAGUCUUCUUGUUCAUUCCAACCUACCUCUGGUACCACGCCUACAUCCACCAAUGCUGCUCGCGCACAGCCACGUACAGCGGGCUCAACUGUUGUUUCAGCCCAAUCUCCUGUAGUCGCACUAGGGCGAAAUGCAAACAGUUCCCCAGCAUUACAGCCUGAGCUGGCAUCUGACAAGAACCAGGCCCCUCCAGAUAGCGACUGGGAAGCAGUUCUCGAAAGACCUGCUCCAGAAUACGAUGUCGCUGCUGUUCCCGACACCCUGUCUCCCUUCGCAGUGGGCCGGGGCCUCUCUCUCAAGGAGAUUCUCGAGAUCCUCCCUCCGAAGAGUUGGUGCGACUUUUUCGUUUCCCACUUCUUCACGCAUAUAGCUGCUCUAUUUCCCAUUCUGCAUGGACCGACGUUUCAGGCGCAGUAUGCUGCCUUUAUGCAGAAUCCAUACGAGGGGGACCUGUCGUGGCUGGCGUUGCUGUUCUCCAUCUGCUCUCUGAUAUUGUAUACCAUGGAUCCAAACGAUCCUAAAUUAAAAGGACUAUGGCCGAAGCGGUCUAAUAACCCUGCACAAGAGCUUGUCGCUUUGUCUCGCCGGCUUCAGCAAACGGCAAUGGCUUGCCUUUCACAGGAUCAGUUCUUCACUCGGCACAAACUCAGCACGUUAGAAGCCUUGCUGAUGGUAAUCUACAACCUGUCCCACAACGAGUCUGUUGAUCAGGGCUGGGCCUUGCUUGGAAUGGCACUGAAUAUCGGCAUUGCCCUCCGCUGCAACGUCGACUCGCAGCAUCUCAGCCCUAUCGAGACCGAACGACGCCGUCGCUGCUGGGCUGGCCUCCUAUCUUUACAUACAUACCAGAGCAUACUCUUCCGCGACGUCGACAUGUCCUUCCUGCUCAACAUCAAAACCACCAUGCCAGCGGAUGUCAACGACUCCGACAUCACCGAGUCCGGCGUCUCUCCUCCAUCAACCCCGCACAAACCAACUCAAAUGUCCGUCAUGAUUUCCAAAGUCCGCCUCUUCCGCCUCUCCACCAAAAUCUGUCACCACAUCUCCGGGCCAUCCCGCCUCGACCCUGUCCUCCUCUCCAACUUCGAUGCCGCCAUCGCCGCAGAGCAAAAACACUGGGAUGACACCUUUCUAUCCACGCAAGGCACCCCCAGCAUUCUCGACUGCAGCUAUGCCCACUGGUGCAUCCUCCAAACCUACGCCUACCACCUCUACCUCCUCCUCCACCGCCCCUUCCACCACUCCCAGAAGCCCUGCUUCAAACCCUCGUCCAGAGAAUGCUGCAUCAUAUCCGCCGCAGCACUAAUAUCCACCCACAGACAACUCUACGAAGCCCCUUUACUAAGGAACUACCUCUUCCUCUUGAACGGCGUCACAAGCCUCAAGGCCCUCCACGCCGCCGUAGCACUCGACUCGUGUCUCCUCGAUAUGCCAGACGGAUUCAACGCCGCGCCGUACCGCGAGGAACUGGAGAAUCUCCUCCUCCGCAUGGAGGAGUUUUCGACCCGCAGCUCGAUCUGUGCGAAGGGGUGUCGGAUUUUGAGGCAUCUUCAGGCUCGGGCUCGGGCUGGCUCAGGAAGUCACCCGCAGCCACCAGACGCCGAAACGCAGAUUGAGGGCACGUUCGAGGACUGGACGGAUGUGCGGGAGUGGCUAGAUGCGGAUUUUAUUAAUUGGAAUUUGGACGGUACGUUGAAUUUAUUGGAGUUUGCGGGAUGA